ACGUAUGAACACGUGGGAGGAAUCAGCUGAUUUAGAAUCGAACGUCAAAGUACAAAUGAGCAAUCUAACUUUUUUAAACUUUUUAAUAUGUGAUAUAUGUAUUUAGAAAUAAAACAAUUAAUAUUAAAUUAUAAAAGAUGAUGGUAGAUAUAGAUGAAGCCGAAGUGACCAAAGUUCAAUCACAAAAUGACAGUAUUGAAAAUAUAGUAGACUUUUCCAAAGCUACUGAAAAAUUGUCCACUGGAAUAUUAUCUAUUUAUCAACCAUCAUUGGAAAAAGUCAAGGAAAACCUGAACGAACUGACAAACAAGCAAGAAGUUUUACUUGAUCAAAUACAAAAUGAUAAUAAGAAAUUUAAAGAUGUCAUCGAAGAUGUGGAUUUAAACGACAUGUUUGCUACCAUCAAAUUGUAUCAAGGAAAAUUAACAAAUAUUAAAAAGGAAAUGAUCACAGUACACGAUAGGACAUAUAAGUUAAAAAAACGGGCAUUACGCUUGCAACAAAUUAAACAAAAGGAAGCUCUCGGUAGAGAACAACAAAGAGAACAAGAGCUUCGUAGAGAACAAGAAUUAAUCGGUAAGCCUACAACAUCUCAAUAAAAUUUAGCAUCUGUAAAGACCUAUCAAACAGUUUACUUAGGACACUUAUUAAAUAUAUGAAAAGGUAUAUAAUAUAAAAUAUAGAAAUAUUAUGCAU